AUGGUUUCAGAUAAGCCUAUUCGUAUUGGAUUACUUGCACGUAACCGUAAUCAGAAAUCAACAGAUCGUAAAAGUUUAAAAGGUGCAAGCGAAGGUGGUUACAUUUCCGAAUUUCUCACCUAUGUCCUACGGCCUCUACUACACGAAAUUGUCAAAUAUAAUAUUAAAAUAGUCACUAAUGCCGGAGGUUUGGAUCCUUUAGCAUGUAAAUCAGCAAUUGAAAGUUUAGUCAAAGAUCUUGAUCUUGAUGGCAAAGUAAUUGUUGCCGCGGUUACUGGUGAUGAUAUUUUGGAUAAAGUGCAUAAUGACAAUGAAUUACUUAAAUUUUCUCAUAUUCAAGGAAAUUCUGAGGAUACUGAAUGGUUUCCACUUGGCGAUAAAAAAGUUAUUUCACUUAACACAUACCUUGGUGCCAUUCCAAUUGUUAAAGCAUUAAACUCGGGUGCUAAUAUUGUGGUUACUGGCCGUUGUGUAGAUAGUGCGUUGGUACUAGGUCCAUUAAUUCAUGAAUUUAGUUGGGAUCCUUAUAAUGACUGGGAUUUGUUAGCUUCUGGAUCAUUAGCUGGGCAUAUUAUAGAAUGUGGAUGUCAAGCAACUGGUGGUAAUUUUACGGAUUGGAGACAAAGUGCCUUUUCACCUGAUGGUGGAUGGAAUAAUAUGGGAUAUCCAAUUGUCGAAUACUUCAAAGAUGGUGAAUUUUUUGUUACUAAACCCAAGUAUACUGGUGGACUUGUAACACCAGCGACAGUUGGUGAACAAAUGGUAUAUGAAAUAUUAGAUCCCGGCACAUAUAUUUUGCCAGAUGUAAUUUUGGAUCUGAGGGGUGUAAAGUUAAAGCAAGUAGGAGAGAAUAAAGUUUUGGUUACUGGUGCAAAAGGUCGAGCACCAACAAAGUAUUUGAAAGUUUCUGGAAUUUACUCGGAUGGAUAUAAAAUGACUGGACAACUAGUUAUUGGCGGCAUUGAUGCAUGGAAUGUUAACGUCGAAGUAUUAGGAGCUGAACAUACUUAUGGCGGAUUAGGACGUCCUCAUCCAUCACCAUGUCUUGUCCACUUUGCACGUUUGAUAUCAAAGGACUCAGUUUCGUCAUUUGUUGUUGUUGGAAAUGAAUCAUCUGAAAAGGUAACUUUUGAUGGUCCUACUCAUAAUGAUAAUAUAAUACCGCCACCAUUACCAAAAAUUCCAAAUGAAAUGGAUGGCAAAAUUGAUAGUGGAAUGAUGAUUAAAGUACCUUUAAUAAAAUUGGCAUGGGGAAGAAGUGGGGAUAAAGGCGAUGUUUGUAAUAUUGGUGAGUAA